AUGUCAUACACCGCUCGCGAUUGUUGUGUUUGCCACUGCCACUAUUCACCAACACCCAACGCCACUUCGCUUCAUAACGCCACCACCACCAUUCAAAAACCCAAUAGUACGCUGACACCUCCUCGUCGCUGGUUCGACAAGAUACGUCGCCGGCCUUCGAUAGAGCAGCAAGAACGUCGUAAAAGAGAGAUGCUUCUUCAAUUUCAUCAUCUAUAUCACACAGUGCAAGAAGAGCUGCUCUACGCAACUGAGUCUCAGGGAUCCGUCUACUAUGAAGGUGAUUUGAUGGCAGCUAAAGAGGCUUUGGAUGCAUGGGUACAUCAUUACCAAAUCCUUUCUCGACAUCUUGACCCAAAGGAGCUAAGGACAUUACAUGAACAAUGGGAAGAUACUCGCAAAGAAUUACAAGAAAGCUUGGAUAAACUCCCAUCACCAUUGUUACUUUAA